CCUCCGUUUAUGAAGAGUUGAGACUGCUUCCGCGGUGAUUCUAGAUGGGGCGCUUCACGUACGCUUGCCAGAACUCCAUUGUCGAUCAAGAUGCUCACUCCUAUCAAGACAGAUCCAGUACUUCGAUUCGGAGUACGUCAUAGGCAAUGCCUUCUGCUCUUCUGUUGCCAAUUUAUGAUGUACUCGGUGUUGAUCAACAUGUCCCUAGCUAUUGUUCCCAUGACAGACAGGAGUAAGGCUAAUCCUGAUUUCGAGGAAUUUGAAUGGGACGAACAAACCAGAGCGACAAUCCUCAGCAGUUUCUUCUGGGGAUACAUAGUCUCCCAAAUACCCUGUGGAUCGUUGAUCACCUAUUUUGGCAGUAAAUAUUUAUUGUUAACUGGAUGUGCAAGCAACGCUAUACUCACCCUAAUUACUCCUUGGUGUACCCACUGGGGAGGAUCGACUGCAUUGCUAACUAUUCGCAUAUUGCAAGGAGUGUUUCAAGGAGCUUUGUACCCUUCAUGUCAUAGUCUUAUCGCCAACUGGGCGCCAUUAAGUGAACGGUCAAGGCUGAGUGUUUUGGUCUACCCCGGGGCGCAAAUUGGAACGGUUGUAACGCUAUCAACUGGAGGACUAAUCGCUUCAUCGAGUCUAGGAUGGCCUGGGAUAUUUUAUAUAUGGGGCACGGGUGGUUUAGUUUGGUGCAUAGUGUGGUUGUUUUAUGGAGCGAAUGGUCCUAGCGAACACAAAACUAUUUCAGUUGAAGAACGGGAUUAUAUUCUACAAUCCAGGGAUGCACAUACAGAGAAGUUGCCAACGCCUUGGAAAAAUAUAUUUAGGUCGCCCGCAUUUUAUGCGUUGACAAUCACCCAUGCGUGCUGCAGCUACAGCUUUUGGACCAUAACUACAGUCACCCCGACUUACAUGAAGGGCGUGUUCGGGCUAGACAUCCAGAAGAAUGCCUUACUUUCCGCUAUACCACCUAUCGCGAUGUUUGUUUUGAGUCAUAUUUUCGGAAUGCUAGUUCGGCUUUGUAUGGAUCGCCUCAAGCUGCCAUUACGAUUUAUUCGGAUACUUUUCAAUACUGUGGGAAGCGAGAUACCAGCUGCAGCUCUCAUUGGGUUGGGUUUUGUAACCGGAAAUCACCCGGCCUUGGCGAUAUUUUUGCUAACCGUUGCUUAUGGUGUGAGUUCUGCAAUUUAUUUUGGGUACUACGUAAAUCACAUGGACCUGUGUCCUACGCACGCUGGUAUACUAAUGGCUGUGACAAAUUCAGUCGCAACAGGGAGCGGAAUAUUUUCAACCCUAGCAGUUGGAUGGUUUGUUAAAGAUGAGACAAACCCACAACAUUGGCAGAUAAUCUUCAGUAUCGGAGCCGGACUUUUCACGCUUGGAACAUUUGUGUUUGCCUUCUUUGGCCGAUUCGAAAAUCAAAAUUGGGUGACGACAAUAAAAGCGUCAAGCACACAAAAGAGAAUCCAAGACUCAGAUAACUUUAACAAUGAAAAGUGAAAUGUUUGCUAUGUAAUGUGAUAUGUUGACGUUUUUAUAAUAUUUAUGAACAAAUAUUUUUUAAGCGGAAGAUUAGAUUUAUCAAAUAGAUAUUUUCCUUUUGGGAGUGAGUA